UAUUGUUUGUUCUUUUAUGACGAAUAAAGGUUAUUUUGUAAAAAAAAAGGCUGUCUACGCCUCUCAUUCUGCAUGUCAUCUCCCCGUUUAUCCUGCGGCUGAACUGCCUCUAAUGCAGCAGACGGGCGCCUCACGUUGCCCACCGAGGCUUCUCGCCGGGUGUGAGCACCGGCUGUUUCGAAAUGCCGCGCAAUGCGCCGUCCCGCACUUUCAGGCUGCCGACGCCCGCCGUAAUGGUGCGAGUUUGAGAUGGUGGUGACGUGCAGUGGUCCGAGGAGGUGGAGCUGGCGGGCGGUUCAGUAUGCAUCCCAAAGACCAUCCGUACCCAAAGGCGGGAGGAGGUCAGCGCAGGCAACCCUACCUGGCCGGUGCCGAGGACGCCUGACGCCUCUGACCGCCCGGGUGUCGCACCAACAUGGGCUCGCCGGCUGUUCCCCGAGCAUCGAGCGCGCGCAAGGUUGUCCUGGUAACGGGAGCUAACAGUGGUAUUGGACUGGCUCUUUGUGGUCGCAUUCUCUCUGAGGAUAACCAGAUACACCUGUGUAUGGCAUGUCGAAACAUGCAGAAAGCUGAGGCUGCUAAGUCUGAACUUCUGCUGUCCCAUCCAGGGGUUGAUAUUAGCCUUUUGAAGAUGGACGUAGGAAAGGUUAACUCGGUGAUCAAAGGAGCGAAAGAAAUAAGGCAAAGGUAUCAGCGUUUAGAUUAUCUCUAUCUAAAUGCUGGGAUUAUGCCAAACCCUCAUUUCAAUUUGAAAACCUUUCUAGAUGGCUUGUUUUCCAGGAAAAUAUUUAGUAUGUUUGCAACUGGGGAUGGAUUGCUAACCCAAGAAGAUUGGCUUACUGAUGACGGACUACAGCAGGUCUUUAUGACAAAUGUCUUUGGACAUUUUUUACUGAUAAGAAACUUGGAACCCUUGUUUGGUCAAGCUGGCUGUACCUCACAGGUUAUUUGGACAUCUUCUAGUAAUGCAGGAAAAUCUGCCUUCAGUUUAACAGACUACCAGCAUAGCCAAGGCCAGGAAUCGUACAGUUCAUCCAAGUAUGCAACUGAUCUUUUGAGUGUAUCCUUGAACAAGCACUAUAAUAGCAAGGGCCUGUUUUCCAGUGUGGUGUGCCCAGGGCUUGUUUUGACCAAUUUGACCUACGGCAUCUUUCCUCCCAUCUUCUGGAAAAUCAUUACACCCAUUAUGUGGCUGAUUCGUAUAUUCACAAAUUCAUUUACUUUGAGCCCAUACAAUGGAACAGAAGCAAUGGUUUGGUUGUUCACACAGAAGCCAGAGUCCUUGGAUCCAAUGGUGAAAUACCACAGCUGCACAUCUGGAGUUGGAAAUAAUUAUGUCGCCCAUUACAAGAUGGACAUUGAUAUUGAAACGGCUGAAGUAUUUUAUCAAGAAGUGUUAAAGCUUGAAAACAAGAUGAAAGCAAACAAUCAAAUAACUGGGGACAAUAGCUAGCUUAUUGUAAUGAUGCUGCAUGUGGCAAUUUCUAAUGGGAGCAUACGGAAAUUACUCUUCUAAAAUGUGAUUUGUAUACACUGUACUGUAUAAAAUAGUAUAUUUUAGAAAUCUCAUUAUAUUCCCCUGUCACCUUUAAAUCUCCACAUACAUGUGUGAAAGAGAGUAAGGUGCAGGAUACAGGGAAGUAAGGAGAGGGAGAAUGGGAUUGAUCGGAUUGCUCCCUUGGAAGUGACAUGGACCCAAUGGGCUGAAUAGCUUCCUCUGUUUUUUAUGAGAUAAACCUUAUAAUUACAAAAUCUGUUUUGCACCACUCAAAACAAUUUAAGUUUUUCAAUAGAAAUUUGGGUUACCCUGUGUUUUAUUAUAGAUUACUGCAAUAUUCCAUAUAUGUUGGUACAAUGGUUAUAUGUUAAUAGGCACAGCUGAAUAAUUGAUCAUGUUCUUGUUGGGGGGGGGGGGGUAAGGGGGUAAGAACUUCUUGCUGUUGCAAACCACACAUCUUGGCCAUUGACCUACAAGGCAAAUGGUUAAGUCCUGUGGGGCAGCAGGGCCUUGUUUGGUGCAAUGCUAUCACACUGGAAAUACAACAACUGAAAAAUCCCUGGUUAGCCAUCUAAACUAUGCUCCCAGGUCAGCUGAGUGCCCCACAAUUUAAAAAAUAUUUAUGAUGAUGAAAAUUAUUAAACACUUAAAAACAAAAAAAAGUCAACUCCAAUUACUUUAAAAGAAUUGUACAUUACCUAAUACUUAUCCAGAAUCCAAGUAAUUGUACCAGUCCAUUUAAGAUGAAUGGACAUGGUGUUCCUGGGGCAGAACUGACUUGGAUUGCAGUUCUGAAAUUCAUGGACAAUAGCAACCAGCAAUAUUGGGACCUUAGUGUUCAGCUAGAAUUUGAACUUCGUGUGGAGAAACACUGGUGUUUCUUAACAAGUUUUGGUGAGAUUGUGUAUUCCUAGAAUAGUUGAUAAUGAGAGAAAAAAAAAUUGCUGAAUUAUCUCUUAAACCAGUCCUUCCUAAUAGAUUUUAGUAUCUGAAGCUUCUGAGAGUGGGGAACAUUAAUCAAUUAUGAGCAAUUGUCCAUGAACAAAAGUGUUAAAUUAUGGUAAUUUGCAACAGUAAUUAAUUUUUUUGCAUGGUCCAUUUGAUCCGGUUGGUUUAGCAGAGAACUUAGGAGGAGGAAUAAUUGUGAGUAAGAAGUCAAUUACCCAAACCUACUUGCCCAAGGAAUGAUAUGUGCAAGGAUACUGAGAAAGCUACACUCUUUGUUGCCAUAACUUUGUUUUACAUUUAGACAUCAAUGUGAUAUCACUUCCAAAAGAUAGCAAAACAAUAGCUUGCAGUUAAAUUGUGCCUUUACUGUAGAAAAAGUACCUCAAGCAUUUUAAGACAAUUAUCAAUGAAAGCGCAGAGCCAUAGAAUGAGAUGUCAGGACAGGUGACUCAAAACUUACGCACUGAGUUAGGCCUUAAAGGACAGAAGGAGUGAAGAGGCUGGGAGUUUAGGACAUUUCAGAAUAGCCUUCAGUUCUGAAUUGUGAUGUCAGCAUUAUAAUGAUCUUGGUUUUGCAGUUUGACUUGGAUUCACAGCCUUCUCACUCUGGUGUUAAAUGCCACUACCUGAACUUUAAUGCAAGUGACACCCAUAAUAAUAUUAAACAGUUAGCCUCACUUUUAAGUUCUGUUGUUUUACAUGAAUAUAAAUAAAUUUCUGUUAUCCCACACGGUAUUUUUGGCUUUAGUUUAUUUUUCCAGAGUUAAUUCAGAUUUGUUCUUGGGGUAGAUUGGGAAAUUUGGCAACAAUAAAUAAGCACCUGGAAUUUAUUUUAUUGGUUUUAUUGCCAUAUCAAUGAGGGAGCUGCACUUUAAUUGUUUUUCAUUUGAAAACACAUCUGACUCAGUAAUCUGAAACACAAAUAUCUACCUCCCAGUGAGCAAAAUCCAUACUAGUUCCCAGCUAAAUAUUAACAUUUAAGCAUGGGAAGCCAUUUUAUUGGAUUUCUGUAUAUUUUUUGGAUACUGCAUUGUAAAUCAGCUCUUCUGAAGGCCAAUUUUUACAACAUAUCAAAUUUAAGCAUUACGCAUAGGAGGUUAUGAAUAAAUAGCUAAUGAUUUACUUUCUUCACUUUUUUCCAACUAUUAAAUAUAAUGCUGGUUACAUGUUCCAGAUGUAAUGUGGCUUCCACAGCCCCAAAAUGGUACACAAGAUGCUUGCAUUCCUUCACCUCCAAAUUUUAAAUUAUUUGUGUGAACUCAAUGGCCUUCCAACUGUAGAUGAACAGGAGAGUAAAGGAAAUUUCUUUUUCAAACAAAAAGUCCUGCCCAUUAAAUUUUGUUGUCUGAUUACCUUAAUUUUAUUAAUCUGGUUACUGACGUUUGGGAUUAAACAAACUAUUGGUGUAUGGCAUUUAUUAGUUUGUGAAAUUAUUAACAUCUGGAAACGCAUGUUUUGCUCGUAUUCUAAACAAGUACAAUAAAGUAAAUAAUUUGAUGUAGUUAAUCUGAAUUUGGUUAACCAUUUAAUUAUGUAUUUUGAAAAGCUCUGAUGCUGAACUUUGUAGUUUACCACAGAUAAAAGCCAGAAGUGAU